GGGAUAUAAUGUGAUGUCUGUGCAGUUCAGAAGCAGAAGGUGAGAAAAAGAAGAACAGAAGGACGCAUUAACAAACUCACAACACACGACCUGGGAGCUUUUCUACUAUUCGCUACACCACUAAAGUCCAUGCGAAACAUUCCAGACAUGAGUCAUGAAUGGGGUUUUGUUAUCCUGGUCUUCUCAGUUAUAUGUGGUACAGGAGCAUAUAUUCCUCAUCGCUAUCACUUUGUGAAUGAGAUUAAAACCUGGACUGAAGCUCAGACUUACUGCAGAGUGAAUUACACUGAUCUGGCAACCAUCAGCAACAUGGGAGAGAUGAAGAAGCUGAAUCACACACUGAUGAAGGAAAAUGCAAAGAAAGCUUGGAUUGGUCUACAGAGAGCAGGACCUGGGAGAUGGAUGUGGUCUCUGGAAGACCAAACUUUCUACAGAGACGGAGUCAAUUAUACAAACUGGCAUAGUAAUGAACCAAAUAAUGCUGGGGGAGUUGAGUACUGUGUGGUAUAUAAUAAGGAUAAUACAUUAUGGAAUGAUAAACUAUGUGAAACAUCGUAUCCUUUUGUAUGUUAUGAAGAAAAAAACACAAACACUAAAAAAUAUGUAUUUAUUAAUAAUAAUAUGAGCUGGUACGAUGCUCAGACCUACUGCAGAGAGAAAUACACCGACCUGGUCAGUGUGAGGAACCAAACUGAGAAUGAGGAGAUCAUGAGGGUGAUUAAAGGUUCAGAUAUUUGGAUCGGUCUGUUUAAUGACUCCUGGAAUUGGUCAGAUCAGAGAAACUCCACAUUCAGAUACUGGAGAUCUGACAAACCCAGUGGAAGUUUGAACUGCGCUGCAGUGUCUGAGUCUGAGCAACGUUACUGGACUGAUGUGGACUGCACAGAAAAACUCCCGUUCAUCUGCCAUGAGAAUAAACUGAUCCUGAUUAAGGAGAAUAAGACCUGGAAAGAAGCUCUGAUAUACUGCAGGGACCAUCAUCAUGACCUGGUCUCAGUUCGCUCUGAGGAGAUGCAGCUCUGGGUGAAGGAAGUGACUCAAAACGCCUCCACUGAACACGUGUGGCUCGGCCUGCGUCACACCUGCGCUCUGGGCUUCUGGUACUGGGUGAAUGGAGAGAUGAUCUGCUACCAGAACUGGGCUCCAGGUAACGGGACAGGAUUGGAAGACUGCAGUCAUGAGGAGAGAACAGGAGCAGUGCAGUCUAGAGGAGAUCAGAAGUGGAUCAGCCUGCCUCAGAGCCAAACACUCAACUUUAUCUGCUCUACCUAUGAAGGUUUGUCAGUGUAGUGUUUCUGUAUGUGUGUAUUAAGUCAGUAAGAUUUUCCUUCAUAUUCUAUUAUUAUUUUUAUUUUUAUUAUUAUUAUUAUUAUUAUUAUUAUUAUUCAUUCUCUUAAUGCAGAUGUUUUAUUCUAUUUUAAUGUAACUCCACUGUCUCUAUACAGUAUGAUCUGUAGUAUGUUAUUAUACUUACUGUUCUUAUUAAUAGCAGGUUUGUGGGUAAUUAUUGUGGAAUCUAUUUACCAGAUGUUUAAACUACAGUGUGUUGGUUUGUAGAUUUAAUUGUUUUUAAAAUUCUUUCUCAGAAUAAAGAACUAUAACAAACUCAGUACAUUUACACCCAUGCAGGAAGUUUAGAACACCAAGACCUGCAAACACUGAUGUUAAAAUCAUUAUUAUUCUAUUUUAUUAUUAUCUGUCAUUUUUAAUCAGCGGCUGGUGGUCUCUCUAAUGCCGGCCAUGUUAAAUCUGAAUAUGGAGUUAAAUGAUUAUUCUUAUUUUCUCAAAUAAAAUAAAUCUCAAGUA